CGCCCCAUUGGGUUUCUAUCUCCCCGUUUCUCUCUCGGUCUCGACCUUGUCGCUCGCAGACCGAGAGCUCCCGGAACCCUAGGGAAGAGACGAGUAGGAAGAGGAGGAGGAGCAGGAGGAGGAGGUGAAGUGGAAGAAGAAGAGGAGAUGCAGGGAUUUCCAGGACCCCUGCCUGAUCUGGCCCAACUCCAGUCCACCAUGGUCGCAAUCGAGCGAGCCUGCUCCUUGAUCCAGAUGCACAUGAAUCCAGCUGAAGCAGAGAAAAUUAUUAAUCCACUGCGGCAAUCUUCCAUGCCAUACCAGACAUGCCGAUUCAUUCUUGAAAAUUCUGAGGUGCCUAAUGCAAGGUUUCAAGCUGCUGGAGCUAUUGGUGAUGCUGCAAUAAGGGAGUGGGGGAUGCUUACAAAUGAGAAUAGAAAAAGCUUGAUACUAUUUUGCCUACACUAUGUUAUGGAACAUGCAAGUGCUGCUGAUGCCUAUGUGCAACUAAAGGUUUCAGCAGUUGCAGCUCAGUUGGUAAAACGAGGCUGGUUUGAUUUUAUUGAAGCUGAAAAAAUUGGUAUUCUUAUAGAGGUGAAGCAAGCCAUUCUGGGUUUUCAUGGUUCAGAUAUGCAGUCUGCAGGCAUUAGUUUUCUGGAGUCCUUGGUGUCAGAAUUUUCACCUGGAACCUCGACUGGUAUGGGUCUUCCGAAAGACUACCAUGAACAAUGCCAUUCAUCUAUGGAAUUGAAUUAUCUGAAGGAGUUCUAUUGUUGGGCAAAAUCUGCUGCAUUAAAUGUGGCCGAUAAGAUUGUGAGCUGUUAUGCAAAUAUAUCUGAAGAGAAAGUUUGUUCCCGAGCGCUUCGUUUUAUGUUUCAGGUCUUGAACUGGAACUUCAAGAGCAGUCCCAGUGCUCUAGAUAAUUCAAGCAGUAAAUCAAAUUCAGGGUCAUUUGGAAUUAGGCCUGACAUGGGGCUGUUAAAAAAGUUUGAACGUUCAUUGGUGGAGCCAGGGCCCUUAUGGCAUGAUGCUCUAUUAUCAAGUGGACAUAUGCUGUGGCUCUUGAACUUCUAUGCAAUAGUUCGCCAGAAACAUUCAUCUGAUAUGUUAUGGUUUGAUUCUCCGCUGGCAGUCUCUGCUAGACAACUAAUAGUACAAUUAUGCUCCUUGACAGGGACAAUAUUUCCUUCUGAUGACGGGGAGAUGCAUAUUAAGCAUCUAACACAGAUUCUAUCAGCUGUUAUCGAAUGGGUUGAGCCUCCUAACAUUAUAUCAGGCGCAUUACGUAGUGGACGAAGUGAAAGUGAGAUGAUUGAUGGUUUUCAUGCAUUGCUCUCGAUGGCAACCUUGACAAGUACUAUGCUUUUUGAUAAUCUCCUUAGGUCUUUAAGACCUUUUGGCACCAUUCACCUAUUGGCCACCUUGACAUGUGAAGUAGUUCAGACUUAUGUGAUUAAAAAUGAUGACGAGCAAACAUGGAGUUCGGAAGCUCUUGAUAUUAUGUUAGAGAUAUGGACUGUCAUUCUUGGGCGAUCAGGUAAUGAUAUGAAAAUUUCAGCUGAAGGUAUAUCUUCAGCAUCAAAUCUGUUUAGUACUAUUGUGGAGUCACAUCUGAAAGCUGCUGCUGAAUCUGCAUUUGAAGAUGAUAGUGAAGCUGACUAUUUUCAUGUCUCAGUCUCAAGACGAGAUGAAACAUUGUAUGCAUAUGCUCUUAUUGCACGAGCUGCUGUUGAAACGACUGUUCCGUUUCUCACAAGACUAUUUUCAGAACGCUUUGCUCUUCUCAGUCAGAACAAUGAAAGAAUGGAUCCCACACAAACCUUAGAGGAACUAUACUGGCUCCUUUUGAUAACUGGGCAUGUUCUUACUGAUUCAGGCGAGGGAGAAACAGUGCUUGUUCCUGAAGCAAUACAAGAUGGGUUUUCAGGUGUGACAGAAGAACUACAGCAUCCUGUAAUUGUUCUUUCCUGGUCCAUAAUAAGUUUUGCGAAGCAGAGUCUAGAUCCAAAAAUGAGAAAUGCAUACUUCAGUCCUCGACUCAUGGAGGCAGUCAUAUGGUUCCUUGCCAGAUGGGUUGAUACAUACUUAAUGCCAAUUGAUGCUGCAAAAGGACAACUUGGGAUAUCUGGUCAUGAUGAAGGGCUGCAACAACACCCCCAGUCUUCUAAGAAGGUCUUGCUCAGUUUUGCUGGGCAACAUAGCCAAGGAGAAACAAUACUUGAUACCAUUAUCCGCAUUUCCAUGACAACACUUACUUCAUACCCUGGGGAGAACGAGCUUCAAGCAUUGACAUGUUGGAAACUGCUUGUAGUGCUUGUUCGUCGGAGACAUGUCUGUAUUCACCUUGUUGCAUUGGAAUCAUGGCGUGAUCUUGCAAGAGCCUUUGCAAAUGAGAGGACAUUAUUCUCCUUAAAUGCUCGUUUGCAACGUUCUCUUGCUGAGACACUUGUUUGUGCAGCUUCAAGUUUUAAAGAUCUAGAAACAUCCAACCAAUAUGUGAGAGAUCUCAUGGGACCCAUGACAGCAUACCUUGUGGAUAUUUCAAGUCGGAAUGAUCUGAAAGCUGUUGCUCAGCAAGCAGAUGCAAUAUAUAUGGUCAGUUGUUUGUUGGAACGGCUGAGAGGAGCAUCUAGGGCCACCCAACCUCGAACACAGAAGUCUAUAUUUGAGAUGGGUUGUGCUGUAAUGAAUUCUCUAUUAACACUUCUUGAGCUGUACAAAAAUCAGUCUACAGUUGUGUACCUGAUACUUAAAUUUGUCGUUGACUUCGUCGAGGGAGAAGUAGCGUUUCUCAGUGCCAAGGAAACUUCAAUUUUGGUGAACUUUUGCUUGCAGUUGCUCCGAAUUUAUUCUUCUCAUAAUAUCGGUAAGAUCUCUCUCUCUCUUUCAACUAGCCUGCAGAGUGAGGCACAAACAGAAAAGUACAAGGAUUUGCGGGCUUUGCUUCAGCUCCUUACUAAUAUUUGUUCCAAAGAUUUGGUACAUCUAUUUCGUACCUCUGCAGUUAGAUGUGUUUCCAUAUGCUGGUUUCCAGGGCCUACAUUUUUUGGUUAUGUGCAGGUUGAUUUUUCAUCAUUCUCCAAUGAGGCAGAAAGUACAGAUAUUGCUGAGGUCAUCUAUGUUGGUCUCCAUAUCAUCACCCCUCUAAUAUCUUUGGAGCUUCUGAAGUACCCCAAACUCAGUUGUGAUUAUUUUGCACUGAUCUCACAUUUGUUGGAAGUGUACCCUGAGAAAGUUGCUCAGCUAAACAAGGAAGCCUUUGAUCAUAUAGUCAGGACACUUGACUUUGGUGUUUGCCAUCAAGAUGUUGAUAUUGUUGAUAAAUGUCUGAGAGCAGUUAAUGCUCUUGCCUCCUACCAUUACAAAGAGAAAAUUGCCGGCAAAGAAGGAUUGGGUGCAAAGGCAAUGAGCUCAGAAGAAUCAAACGGCGAAUUUCAGCAAAGCAUCUUGAGCUAUUUCCUGAGGCUGCUAAUUCAAUUACUUUUAUAUCAAGAUUUCAGAAUGGAACUUGCUGGUUCUGCAGCAGAUGCUCUCUUUCCAUUAGUUUUAUGUGAGCAAGACUUAUACCAGAGACUGGUGCAAGAAAUCCUAGAGAAACAGUCUAAUCCUGCUAUAAAGACCAGGCUGGCGAGUGCUUUCUAUUCUCUUACAAGCACAAACCAGCUCUCAUCUUCGCUUGAUAGAAAUAACCGAUUCAGAUUCAGGAAAAAUCUUCAAGUAUUCUUGAUUGAAGUUUCAGGCUUCAUGAGAAUUAUUUGAGUUGGCAUGGAAGACCAUUGCGAGAUUGACUGUUGACAGUCAAAGAACUGUAUAGACGAGAUUGACACCAAUCACAUUGAAGUAUAACAUGGUUUGGAAAUCACAAGACUCCAGAAUGUAAUCUCCUGUGGUUACGGUGUCGAAAGCAGUACUCAAUGUCAUAUCUCCCGUUUGUUCAACAAUGUCAUAUCGUCCGCCUGGAUCAUCUAAAAUGUCGAGUGAAAACUGGGUUGAAUGUUGCAGACAGAUGCCUUUGCUGUAAGAAGUUGUGCGAUGCUGGUAGGAGAUUCAUUUGACGCAGGAUCUGAAUGUUAUAAUUUGCAAUUCAACACUUUUAAAUCGCAUUACAUCAAAUUUUGCAAUAUAGUAUUUUCGAACCAGAAAUUUAGGAUGGUGCUGUUUUAAA